AAACAAUUUUGACAUUUGACAAAACUGAAGCCAGCCGCUGAAUGCAAGGCGUUUAAUAAACGGUCAAGUUUCGCGGUAAUAAACAAUUAUACUGAAAUAAAAUGCCACCAAGAAAAAGAGAAAAAGAUCCUGAUGCGGUGAAAACCCCGAGAAUCGAUCAUAUACAAGCGGAUCACGAGUUAUUUUUACAAGCUUUCGAAAAACCCACUCAAAUAUACAGAUAUUUACGUACGAGAAACAUGUGCUUGCCUAUAUUUCUUAAUAGAACUCUAACUUAUAUGAAACACAGGAUGUCUCGAAAUAAUAAAGGACGACAAGGAUUUAAGGUAGAUUCUCUAUUGGAAAAAGUUUUAAAUAAAAAAGAUACGAUGUGUAUACAACCGGGUUAUAUAAAUUUAACAUUCUUAGGUUUUAAUAAUAAAUCUUUAGAUUACGACGCUCAAAUAGCGCAAGUCGAGACUGUUUUAUUAAAAAUUAGUCAUAAAAAACGUAAAGAUAGUUCGGCGCCUAGUAUGCAAGUGACUUUAGGAACGGCAGAUGUUCCUAUUAACCCCAAUGAACAAGAUUUACCUCUAACAGCUCCCACAAUUAGCAUCCCAACCGAAUCUUUCAACCCCUCGAGUGGCCCCCUAGUGAAAUCGUAUAUUUUAUUAUUUCGGGUAAAAGUGACGCAGGAAAAGGAGUUUGACGAUGAACCGGCGUCGAAAAAGCGAAAAUCUAACAACGCGAGUGAUAAUUCGAAAUUGUACGGUGCCGAACUUACAGUUUAUGACAAACAUAAUCGUUGUUAUUUGAGUGACGGUGAUUACGAUAUCGUUGUACAAGAUUUUUCUACUAAUACCAAAAAUUCGAUAAAAAAACAUUCAAGUUGGGAGAACGUAAACGAUCUAGUGGAAACUUGUGGUAAUUUGGACGCUUUUAUGAAAGGAGCCGUGUUGAAAUUCAAAUUGAAUUGGUCACCAGAAGCUUCCGCCAAAAUCGUCGAUAGACCUCAACCGUAUCCUUUACAGGAAAAUAAAGAAAAUCUACCUCAAGUUACGAAUAUGGAUACGGAAAAAUUACAAAUCGUCUAUCAGUUCGUUUAUAAUAAUAAUUCUCGUCAACAAACUGAAGCUUGCGAAGAUUUACAUUGUCCUUGGUGUAGUUUGAAUUGCAAUCGAUUAUAUACCUUAUUGAAACAUUUGAAAUUGUGUCAUUCGCGAUUUACAUUCACUUACGUUCCGAUUUCGGUGGGCGCGAGGAUCGACGUGGCUAUAAACGAGAUGUACGACGGUUCUUAUACGGGUUCCCCCCACGAUUUAAUCUCCCAGCCGACGGUUUGCGCUUUUUCCCGAAACGGCCCGAUCCGACGCGCAUCCGUAACGCAUAUAUUGGUAUGUCAUCCGAAACGACCGAAAGCGAGUUUAUCCGAAUUUCUCGAAUUGGACGAUUGCGAAUUCGAUGGUCAACGACCGUUCAUUACGGGACAUAAUCGAUUGUACCAUCACACGACUACUUGUUUACCGAUUUAUCCGAAGGAAAUGGAAAUCGAUUCCGAAGGGGAGAACGAUCCCGAAUGGCUACAAAAUAAAACGAUGAUGAUGAUCGACGAAUUUACCGAUGUUAACGAAGGGGAAAAGGAACUGAUGAAAAUGUGGAAUUUACACGUGAUGAAAUACGGUUUCGUUGGCGAUUGUCAAAUACCGUUAGCUUGCCAGAUGUUCGUUAAACACAAAGGUCGGGAAUUGUUAUUGAAAAAUUUGUAUAGAAAUUUCGUUGUUCAUAUGACGAGUUUGUUCGAUUUCGGUUUGGUGAGCGCCGUUUGUCUUUAUACGAUUUUGCAAAAGUUACAAGAAUUGGUGGGGGAUACGGGUCCGAUUCGUAAUAUACUUAAAGAAUCUAGGGAGGCGCAAAUAGAUAAUUGGUCGCGAAGCGGAAUUAGCGAUAAAUCGAAAACGCCGAAUAUCGGUAGGAAAGCCGGAAAUGUCGGUAAUCAAAGAAGGAAGGGGGCGCCUUUGACUCCGCAAUGUGAUAGUACAGUUAGACGUAAAUCGAUUUGCGCCGGCGAGACGUCGAGGAAAAGACUCGUAACUGUUAAUAAAAGUGACCAAAAAUCUAGUUAAUACUUUUAUAUUUGGAAAAAAAAAUUUACACCAUUUCUUAUCGAAAUAAUCGAUUUUAUAUGAAAUCGAAUCGAAAUUUAUAUUUACUCGAUAAAAAUCGAUGUACGUUAUAUUCGAACAACGUUGCCGGAUUUUAAAAAUACCUUGGAUGUUUGGGAACGUUUCUAUUGUGUUAGUGUUUCAAGUAAAUAAAUUUUUUGAUAGGGGCGACGGGCGCAAUUUGUUUGUAGAAAUGCGAAAGGCAGUUUCCAUAAAGUGAGGCCCAAUUUUUGAAAAUUUACGCACACGAAAUGAAAACUUUUGCACUUUAUAAUAAUCCAACAACGUUGCCACACUUUGAAAAAUACGUUAAAUUAUGGAUUUGAAAUUUUUUUUAUCAAAAUAGCCUACUGGGUUCGUAUUUUUCUAAUUGACUAAUUUUUUUUGGGGGCGAGUGGCGCAAUUUUGGGAAAAAAGUUCUUACAAAUUUUCCAAUUCCUUGGAAAAUGAACCAUUUUUUAUCAUAAUAUCCUUCUGUGUUCGUAUUUUUCGGAAAAAAUCCUUUAAAAUGGGGGCGAGUGGCGCAAUUUCUUUGCGGAAAUUCAUUUGGGGAAAAAGUUUUUACAAAUUUUCCAACUCCUUGGAAAUUUUUAUCAUAAUAUUCUUCUGUGUUCGUAUUUUUCGGAAACAAAUCCUUUAAAAAGGGGGGCGAGUGGCGCAAUUUCUUUGUGGAUAUUCAUUUGGGGAAACAGUUUUCACAAAUUUUCCAACUCCUUGGAAAAUGAACCAUUUUUGAUCAUAAUAUCCUUCUGUGUUCGUAUUUUUCGGAAAAAAUCCUUUAAAAGGGGGGCGAGUGGCGCAAUUUCUUUGCGGAAAUUCAUUUGGGGAAAAAGUUUUUACAAAUUUUCCAACUCCUUGGAAAUUUUUAUCAUAAUAUUCUUCUGUGUUCGUAUUUUUCGGAAACAAAUCCUUUAAAAAGGGGGGCGAGUGGCGCAAUUUCUUUGUGGAUAUUCAUUUGGGGAAACAGUUUUCACAAAUUUUCCAACACCUUGGAAAAUGAACCAUUUUUCAUCAUAAUAUCCUUCUGUGUUCGUAUUUUUCGAAAAAAUUCCUUUAAAAGGGGGGCGAGUGGCGCAAUUUCUUUGUGGAUAUUCAUUUGGGGAAACAGUUUUCACAAAUUUUCCAACACCUUGGAAAAUGAACCAUUUUUCAUCAUAAUAUCCUUCUGUGUUCGUAUUUUUCGAAAAAAAUUCUUUAAAAGGGGGGCGAGUGGCGCAAUUUCUCUGUAUAAAUGCAUUUAAAGAGAUAUUGUCUACCAAUUUUCGAAACUCUGUGAAAGUGUGGCUUUUUUUGUCAAAAUAUUCUACUGUGUACUUGUUUUUGGAAAAUAACUUUUCAAUUGGGGGCGAUUGGUUCAAUUUCUACGUAACAAUCCAUUUGGGCAGAUAUUUCUUACAAAUUCCCCAACUCUUUUUGAAGAUUCACCUAUUUUGGUUAUAAAAAAUGAAAACUUACUUAUACUCCAACAACGUUGCCAAAUUUUCAAAAAUACGUCAUAUAUAACGUACAUUAAUUUUUUGAGGUUAUGUUUUAGACGUCACAGUUCGCUUGUUUUAUUCCAUAGUUUCAAUUCCUCUCGUUUUUUUUUCUACCUCUUCAAAUUUGUAUUGCAGCGUAGUAAUUUUUCAAAAAAGUCACCAUUUUGAAAUCUUACGUUUUGGUAAAUUCCUACUUCGUAAACUUUUUCGUAUUUCUGUUAUCUACAAGUACUUAAAAUACUAAAUAAUUGGAAUAUGCAGUGACGUCAUGAAUAUAACCUAAAAAUUCGAAGUUUUUUCUGAGUAUUUAUGAAUUAGUUGAUUCUAAUUGAUGCUAAGUACAAUUAAAUAAUAAUUUUUUCAACUGCCUUGAUAUGUAAAGACAUCAUUUUAUCAAAAUAACCGCAUUUAAAUUUUGUAAAAUGUUUUACUUAACCUACGGUCGCCUAAAACAAUGAUACGUCAUCGAGACGUUGCCGGUUGUUUAAUUCAAAUUUGACAUUUAGUACAUUCUGAGUUAUAAUUUCCGUGACAUUGUUAGGUUAGGUUAGAUUCGAUGCCCAUUGGACCCGACCUGAUAUUUAUUCUAAAAUAACUCAAAAAAAAAUAUAUUUCUCAAUGACUGCCAUCUUUUAUGUCUGAAUUAAAAUUAUUUAUGUGAAAAUUUAACCUUAAGAUAAUUGAAUUGUUUUAUGUACGGUGGCGUCCGAAAAUUUCGUAAAAUUAUAUGAGAAUAAAUCGAACUGGCAACAUCGCGAAGUUGAAAUAAAAUAACAAGAUUCGGUUGGCUACAAUGAAAAACAAAAAUUAUUAUUUACGAAUUUUUGGACGGUAGUGUACGUGUUAAAUAUCGUAUAAAAAUUCUGUAUACAGGGUGUUCCGUUGGAAUUAUUUUCAAUAUAUAUUUAAUAUUUUUUUUUUUUUCGUAUCAGAAAUAUUUCAAUUUUUUCCGAAGUUUCGUCACAAAUUCGAUAUUAGAUCAAUAAUUUUAAUGGAACGCUUGUUUUUAGUUGCCGACGUCGUGUUCUAUAUUUUACGGUAACUUACGAUGCUAACCGUCGUAAAAUAUUUUUUUGUACAUAUUUUUUGUACUGAAUCGUAUUUGAAAAAAAUAUAAAAAAGGAAAUCUUGUUGGUAACGCGCCCGCCAUGUUGUAUUAUUUGACAGUUAAAUCGAUUAUUGAACGUAAUCGAUUUCUAAGCGAGAGGCGUGUGAAUCGAAAUAAUGACAGACAAUAUGACGUCGUAUCCGGUAGGAAAUUAAUUAAUUUUCCGUUUUUAUAUUUUUUUUUAUAUCAUUUAACUUCAUAUUAAAAUAUUUGCACGAGUUUGGUUCACUUUUAGUGUUUAUUUCGCCUGUAAUGUAUUUAUUAUAUUUUAUCGAUACACUGCCUAUUAUUAUUAUUAUUAUUGAUAUUACCAAAAAUGGUACAGUGUGUUUGUGAGUUUGCCCAAAAACGGAAAUUUUUCCUUCGAAAACCGAUUUCCGAUGGCUGCAAACACGUUUUUGUAUCAGACUUAUUUUUUUUUCUCCAUAUACUAAGGUAUAGAAAAGAAAACAAAGUACAACAUUUUUUUAUAUAAAAUGAAAUGAAAAUUGGAAAAAUAUAUAUUUUGGCACUGGUACUAUUCUUUUCAACAACUUUUAUAUAUUGAAUUUACGUAAUAGAAAUUGUUAUUGUUAUAUAUACAUUUUUAUUUUCCUAAUUGUUCGAAUUAGGGAUUUUUUUGUAGAAAUAGAUGAAUAUAUACCAUUUGUUUACUGUGUA